GAUUCUGCCUUUACCAUAUAUUGACGCGAAACUGUGUAACGCUUCAAAACAGAUUUAACUCGAAGUUUAAACUUUCAUCUUAAAAGCGAAUCGCAAGAAAUAAAAUAUACUUACAAAAUAACGGAUAACUGAAUAUUUUGGAGUUAACAUUUAUUUAAGACGAUGGCUUCAUUAGCGGCAACUUACGCCAGUUCUAUGCAUGCGCAGCGUUCUCCGUGUUGCCAAACCGGAUAUCCGGUAAUGGCGGACCCUCUGACCGGGCGGACUGUUUGCUCUUGCCAGCUUCAUACUGGCGUCCCUAGCUACCUUGCCCGGGUACCUCGACUACCGGAAACACAUUUCAUCAACAGCGACGUUUCUCAGUACAAAAUGAUGGCAGCGGACCGUCAUACCCGGAUGUACAGAGCCCCUCUCCAGGGAGGACACAUACCGCAUCCCUAUGACGCAGCCCUGAUGACGUCACAUCCAUACGCCGCAAUGUACCCGGGUUUCGACAUCAAUGGAAUCCGCAGAAAGAAUGCUACUCGGGAGUCCACGAGCGCUCUCAAGGCGUGGCUCUUUGAGCACCGGAAGAACCCUUACCCAACCAAGGCAGAGAAAGUCAUGCUGGCGAUCGUCUGCCAGAUGACAUUGACCCAGGUUAGCACGUGGUUCGCGAACGCCAGAAGGAGGCUUAAGAAGGAGCGGAAGGCGGGCGAUAGCGAUAUUGAUUUGGACGAUAUUGACGUUGAUGAUAAGAAAUCCGUUGCUGAUGACACGUAUGAUUCCGAUUCCAUGACGAACAAUACCGACAACUCCCGAUCAUUAACGGACGCUUCCGAUGUAUCUGAUGUCGAAGAACAGACGAUAGUUCUAAGAAAUCCCGCUAACAAAUGCGUGCAGAGGCUGUUUUCACCGGAUAGCCGCAAUGAACUGUUUCUCGAGAGGCUUUCAUCCCCGGCCGAUUUAAAGAACUCUUCCACAAUGUCAUCAACUGCUGUUUCAACACUGACAUUUGCAGUAGUCUCGUCCCCUCUUGUUUCAAGCAUACCUUCAAGCGAUUCUACAGCCACAAUAUCUACAUCUGCUGUGUCGCCAACUAUUAGUUCUUUGGUUGGCAAAACUGUGAAAGAAAGUGGCAGUGGAAGUAAAUCGAAGAUCUGGUCUAUUGAAAGCAUUAUUAGUGGAUGAGAUUUUGUUUUCGGAAACAAUAAUAUGUUCAUAUAACAUGUAUGAUUUUCAUAAUAUAUAAGUUUGCUUAAGUUAACACCCAUUUAUAUUUAUAAUGUCAAGAUAUUAUAUGAAUGUAUAUUUAAGUGCAUGAAUGUUUAUUUAAGUGCUACAGUUUUGUUCCGUAUUGACACUAAUGGACGUAAAUAAAUUGUUGUUAUAAA